AUGCACAAUCGUCGGACCGUCUCAACGUCGCAUAGUCCGCAGCGUCCAAUCGCAUUCUCGUACAAUUGGCGAUUACUUGCCUCCGCUCACCUUCCCUCCGCUCUUCCGCACUUCCCUCCCUCCCAACCCCCCCCUGCGCGCCCUUUCCCCCAUCUUUCCCCCCGCAUUCCCCCAUUCCCACCCGGUCCCCUCUCCGCCAGGCUGCCCGCACCACCUUCUUCCCGUCCGCAAGACGGACGAAUAGGAAGAGUAAGCACUGAUGGGAGAAUCAGCAAUGGCGGAAGGGGCGACACGAGGAGGCGUAUUAGAGAGUCACGGACAGUAGCUGCUGCAGCAGCAGGGGAGGAGGCUCCAGAGGGAGACGCUGUAAGGGGGGAAGAGGCGGGGGAGCGGAGGGGGGGAGGAGGGGAUGCAGCGAGUGCGGUGAAAAGCGGUGCAAUGGAGUUCCCGGUGUUCUGUGUGCAGUGGGCUGUGCUGCCAGGGGCCUCUGACUCCCUCCACAUCUUCAUGCCCCACUACGUCCUCAGUAAUGAUUCUUUCUUUCUACUCUCAACCCUGCCACCGUUUCCUUUCCUCCAGACUCCUGGCGGGCCCACCACCCCACCUCUACGUGCAUCUUCUCCUCCCAUCCUCUCUUCGCCGCCCGCCACCCGCGCUGCCACUCUCCCGCAGCAGCAGCAGCAGCAGCAGCAGCAGCAGCAGCAGCAGCAGCAGCAGCAGCAGCAGCAGCAGCAGCAGCAGCAGCAGCAGCAGCAGCGGCGGCGGCGGCGGCAGCAGCAGCAGCAGCAGCAGCAGCAGCAAGAGCAACAGCGGCAGCAGCAGCAGCAGCAGCAGCAGCAGCAGCAGCAGCAGCAGCAGCAGCGGCGGCGGCAGCAGCAGCAGCAGCAGCAGCAGCAGCAAGAGCAACAGCGGCAGCAGCAGCAGCAGCAGCAGCAGCAGCAGCAGCAGCAGCAGCAAGAGCAACAGCGGCAGCGGUGGCAGCAGCGGCAGCGGUGGCAUCAGCAGCAGCAACGACAGCAGCGGCAGCGGGAUGGGGAGGAUGCUCUAACAGGCCGUGUUGGGACCCUCAUGCAAGUGGAUAAGGUGAAGCGCUUUUCCGAUGGGCGCAUGCUCAUUGACAGCACGGCCAUCACCACCGUGCGAGUCACCCACCUGCUGCAGACCAUACCAUACUGCCAAGCGCUGGUGCAGGAGCAGCAGGACCAAGAGGCGCUGCUGCUAAAUGCCUUUAUUGGAGGGCUGGAGUGGACCGAGGAGGAGGAGGGGGAGGAGGAGGGGAGAGGAGAGGAGAGGGGAGAGCAGGAGGGAGAGGAGGGAGAGGGAGUGGGAAGGGGAGAGGGACGGGAAAGGGAUGGUGCAGGUGGCAUGGCCGGGAGUGUGGAUGGUAUGGGGAGGGUGCUGCACAGGGGGCCCCCCAACAGCAUCAACAGGCGUGCGCUGCAGCGGCUCUCCCUGCGCUUGCAGCGCGGAGAGGCUCGCCUCUGGGCUCUGCUGCAGCAGGUGCGACAAGAGACCUCUCCUCUCGCCUACGAAUGGAUGGCUCCUUCCCCCCGCUCCCCCCCGCACUGCUCCCCCUACUGCCCCCCCGCUCACACCAUAUAA